AUUCCAUACGUAACAGGGGAGGCCACGCCCAGCGGACUGUUGCUCAGACAGGACUGGGAGAUAAAGUUUAGUGUGUUGAGUGUUUGGAUCCUAGUGUGUGGAGUGUGUGUACUGAGUGUGACAGAGUGUGCCCGCGCGGGUGUCGGUAAUGUCGUUAGCGGAUCAACAGUGGCUGACGGCGCGCGCUAAGGUGUCGGUGCUGCAGGCGCGCGGCCUGAGGAUCAAAGGGAAGGAGGGCGCGCACGCGCUGCUUCAGGUGGGCGCACAGAGGUUCAGCACGGUAAAGGCGCAGCAGCAGCGCGCGGACCCGGUAUGGGACGGGCAGGAGGCCGCGUUCGAGCUCACGGGCUUCCCGGAGAACAGCGCCGACCUGCGGGUACAGGUGCUGCAGCGCGCGCUGGUGGGACCGGACAAGGUUCUGGGGCACGUGGACAUCGACCUGGGGGAAUUAUACAGCGACAAGACCCGCGAUAAAAUACAAUGGUUUAAGCUGCUGGGGAAGCCGGGGAAGCCGGAGAAGGAGCGUGGCGAGAUCCAGCUGGAGAUCCAGUUCCUGAAGGGAAGCAUGUCUGCCAGCAUGUUCGACCUGUCCGGCCCCGACAAGUCCAGAUCCAAAAUGGGCAAGCUGAAGGACAAACUCCGGGGAAAGAAGAAGGAGGGACUGUCUGACUCCGCCUCUGCCAUCGUCCCGUCCGUCACUCAGAUUCUGACGGACAGCGAAGGAGAGGAGGGGGAGGAGCUGGCCUCCCCGGAGAAGAAGAAGAAGAACAAGCUGAAGUCCCUGUUCGCCCCGAAGUCCGGUCUGCGACGGGACUCGUCCCAGUCCAUGUCCACCCUAAGCUCCUUCCCCGAGAGAGACUCGGCCAUCGCCUCCAGCACCUCCUCCGGCCUCAACGCCGAGUCUCCUGAGGGCAAGAAGAAGUUUAAGUUCCUGACGCACAGACGAACCGGCAGCUCCGACAGCAAAAACUCCCAGAGCGCCUUCAAACACGAAGCUCCACCCCAGGUCAGCAUCAAUGGCAGCCAUGUUUACAGGGAGGAGGAGCCUGAGAAUAAAGGCUCUGCCCUCAGCCUCACCAGCUCUGGCCACGGGUCGAUGGAGGAGCUAAGGCGAGAGAGGGAGGAAAGAGAGAGAAUGGAGGAGGAGAGGAUAAGGGUGGAAAGAGAGGAGGAAGAGAGGAAGAAGAAGGAAAAAGAGGCAGCAGAACAGAGGCAGAAAAUUGAGGCAGAGAAAGAAAGGAUGAGGUUGGAGAGGGAGAAAGAAGAACAGAGGAAAAAAGCUGAGGAAGAACGCCAAAGAAAACAGAAAGAGGCAGAAGAACAGCAAAGAAAAAUUGAGGAAGAAAGGCAACGAAAGGAAAGAGAGGCAGAGGAGCAAAGAAAGGUUGAGGAAGAGAAAGAAAGGAUGAGAUUAGAGAGGGAGAAAGAAGAGCAGGAAAGAAAGAGGAAGGAAAGAGAGGCAGAGGAGCAGAGGCAGAAAAUUGAGGAAGAGAAAGAAAGGAUUAGGUUACAGAGGGUGAAAGAAGAAGAGCAGAUGAGGAAAACUGAGAAAGAACGACAAAGAAAAGAAAGAGAGGCAGAAGAACAAAGGAUGGUUGACAAAAAGAAAGAAAUUAUGAGAUUGGAGAGGGAGAAGGAAGAGAAGGACAGAAGUAGGAAGGAAAAAGAGGCAGUGGAGCAGAGGCAGAAAAUUGAGGAAGAGAAAGAGAGGAUGAGGUUGGAGAGGGAGGCAGAAGAGAAAAGGAGGAAGAUCGAAGAAGAACGACAAAAAAGGGAAAGAGAGGCAGAGGAACAAAGGAGGAAGAUUGAGGAAGAGAAAGAGAUCAUGAGGUUGGAGAGAGAGAAAGAAGAGCAAGAGAAAAAGCGGAAGGAAAGAGAGGCAGAAGAGCAGAGGGCAGAGAAAGAGAGGAAAAGGUUUGAGCUUGAGAAAGAAGAAAAGAAAAAGCUUGAGGAAGAAAAACAGCGAAAGGAAAGAGAGGCAGAAGAGCAGAGAAGGAAGAUUGAGGAGGAGGAAAAAGCGAGGCAGAUAACAGAGGAAAAAGAGAGGAAUAGGAAGGAGGAGGAGAAUAAAAAGAGGCAGGAGGCAGAAAGGCUGGCAGAGGAGAAGAAGGCCAGGGAGGAAGAAGAGCGACGGAGGAAAAGGGUGGCGGAGGAAGAGGAGGCAGAAAAACAAAAGAGAAUUUGUGAGGAAGAGGAGAGAAAGGAGAAAGAGAGGAUUAGGUUGGAGGAGGAAAGAAAGAAUCUGGAGAUGGAGGAGAGGAAAAAGAGGGAGCGGGAGGUAAAAGAGGCAGAGCAGGAUCUGAGGCCGGUUCCGAAAGCACGGACUGGUAAAGUGAGUACUGCCUCCAAACCUCAGGAGGAAACUCUAUCUGAGGCAGAGUCCUCCAACAACCCGUUUGAAACCAGUGAACCUGAGGAACCUCCAUCCUCAAACCCCUUCGAGGAGCCGAACAGCCCUCAGCCCCCUGCCUCUGUCCGCUCGGCCCGAGUCUCCGCGGUGAAGCCCAGUACGUCCCUCUCUAGGACCAUUUCCCAGCCGCCUGUGGUGAACACCAACCCAUUUUUUGAUAAUUGUGAUGAUUCGUUUGAUGGCAGCUUAGAGAACUUUGACAGUAUUGAAAGGAGCACAGAGAGAAGCGGUAAGAAAGGACAUGCCCCGUUACCUCCACAGAACAAGUUAGAGAUGCCAAAAUCAAUUGCUAAUUCCGGAGACAUCCUUCUGGAAGAGACCAAACCGUGUUCACCUUUAAAAGAAGUGUCAAGGCGCCCGGCACCUCAGCCGCCUGGCGGUCUGAAGAAAACUACAGAAGAUCCAGACAGACACCACCAAUGUCCAACAACUUUAGGUCAAGAGUGGGAUCCUCUUGAAGGCCCAGAAAGACCUCAAUCUCAUGGUCAAGAGAGGAAACCUCUUGUUGGUCCAGAAAACCCUCAAUUAAGCAAAGUGAUCUCCAAAGAUGAACUAAAGGCUUGGUGCAUUCAAAGCAUGAAGCUGGGAAAAGGACAAAACUCUAGUCCUCAAAAAGCUGAUCCCAUCCAUAAUCAAGCUCCCACACAUCAAUUAGCUACAUACAGUGGACACAGGGACUUUUCUACUAGCCAGAAUCAAUCCAGUAAGAAACCAGCUGAUGCCAAUCCUUUCACAGGUGAUGGGCCAGUACCAGUACCAGCCAGGCACAACAAGGGACCAGCACCUGCAAAACCUUCUAGUCAGAAAACUCUGUCUGAAGAUGAAUCCUCAAACAUUUGCUCAAGUCCAAAAAGUCCUUCAGUAGAACUUGCACCACUUGAGAAUGAGUUGUCCAGUAAAGAUACCACUGCAGAACCUUUGAAAACCAUUAAUUUAGAUAAUCUUCCCAGACAAGAAAAGGUUGAAGAGCAUCUGAACAAGAUAGAUGAACCAGAAUGUCUGCAAUGGAGUUCCCCUUCAAGUGUAUCUCAAGAUGUUCUGAGCCAAGAAUUAUUUGUCUCUAAAUCAGAUGGACUUCCAAAUCUCGACAGUUUAUCCCGAGAAGCACUGGCAAGGACAGAAGUUGCCAAAAAGAAGUCUCAGGCACCGCUACCUCCCGCUAAACCAAAAAGAAUUGGAGAUCCAGGCAACCAACUGCCAUCUGUUUCGGCAUCUAAAAGCAAGGUUGACCUUGAAUUCCUUCCACAAAGCCAAAGAAAUAAGAAUUUCCAAGAUCAGCCAAAGGACACUACACCUACCACAACCUCAUCUUCCACUCCACUUGCUGCAAAGUCCGAGAUGAAGAAAGUGGGUGUUUCCAUGCCGGCAGAUUCAGGUCCUGGCUCUGGGUCAAAGUCUCUGCCAUUGGCCAGAGUGGUACCCACCGAUGUUCAAAGCAGUGCAGGUGACUUGAAGGGGGCAGGGGGAGCUUCUGCCUCAGUAAUCAGGCCACAUGCAGUCAAACCCCUGAGUGCUAUAGCAGAUAAACAACCAGACCUCAGAGAAACCAGUACCAGUAAAGCUGCUGGAGGCACGGACAACACGCAGCCCAAGCCAGAGGCUGCAGAGACUGGGGGUAAAGGCCCAUAUUCCCAGCUGACCCGGGCCGAGCUGGUGUCGCUGGUAGUCCGGCAGCAGGACCAGCUGAGCCAGCGGGACCGGCGGAUCGGGGAACUGGAACUGUACAUCGAUUCACUUCUGGUCCGGGUGAUGGAGGAGCAGCCCAGCAUCCUGAUGUCCCUCAGCUCCCAGAAGAAGACCGUGUGACUCCUGACCCAGCCUGCACUGACCCGGCCUGCACUCUUCAAAAUAAUUUAAAAUCUAAACUAUGCACAAAUAUACAUCAUUACUGAUGCACAAAAACAUAGUCUAAAAGGGGCUAUUGUGCUGCACUGUUUAUGGUAAAGUAAAAAGUAAGACCAAAGCCAGCUUCCAGCUUUGUUAUAGCAUUUUUAUAAUGAUUUAGCACCAUGCUGACUGCAACAGUAUUUAAAAUUUAUGUGCCACCUUAAAAAGAGUAACAGUUACGUUUUUCCCAGAGGUCAAGUUUUUGUUCUUAUCUUGAAAAGCGUCUAUUACUUGUUAAGACACAUGACCUAAAAAAAGACUAUUUCUGAAAAUACUAAAGUACUGCAAUAUUUAAGGUAGAAUGCAAAAUUUGAAUUAGAAGCCAGCUUUAAGCUUUGUUCACCUUAAGUUCUGACUCCUGGGGCCAGGUACUUAUUUUUUUUUUUCUUAUACAACCUUAAAUAAUGCAAAGCUCCCAUUAAUUUUUAGAUGUAUAAGCUAAAAAAGGGGGCUACUUCGGAAAUUAUUGCUGAACUAUUUAAAGUGGCAUGCAAAAUUUUGAGCAAGAAGACAUGCUUUUUUUUUUUAUUACACAAUGUAACUAUUCAGGCUUGUGGUUGGCACAAUGCUAAUGUCAAAGUUAAAAUUUCCUUUGCCACCUUGAUAUGUGGCAGUCACCUGAGGCUAAUUGGUGGGUUAAGAUGCACCCAUUUCUAUUGUUAGCUACAUUAGCCUUCAGCACUACAAUGUAAUUGCUGUGCUAUUUAAGGUGGAAUUGAACAUUCCGAAAAAAAGCGCAUUUUUUGAGCUUGACCAAAUUAGUUUACCAAUAGAUGAAUAAUGAAUACACCCAUGCUACAUGCUAAGCCUACACUAUUAUUGAGAAUAAACACCAGCUACUUGUAAAAUACUAUACAUUCGUUUUUUGUAAAUUGUGCUUAAGACACUUAGCUCACAGAGGGUAUUUUUUGGUAUUUUAAAAAAAAGUCAUCCAUAAAUGCAAAAGGAGUGUUAGCUUAGCAUGUAGCACUAGUCAUAUUUCACCUCUUUUAAUAAGCAGUUUGGCAAAAAAAAAAUAAUAGAGGCCUAUUGUCACUCAGAGUCUCUGAGUCUGGAGAUAACUGAAUUAUUAAAGCGCUGUUGUGUAAGAGGUCAGGGUGUGAUAAUGCUCUUUAUUUUCAAAAUCCAGCCUCGAGCUAGUGUUCACUAAAUGUCAUUCAGAACAUUUCCGCUUCAGUUGCACUACAGAAUAAAACUCUAAAACCUGUUUAUAAUUAAUCUAUUCUUUCUGAACUUCAGCUGAUCAAAAACUAACACACUCGUUUCUCUCUGUACGCUUUGCCACUUUCCAAAGCAUAAACCUGUUAAAUGAAUGUUCCAAAAUAUCUCUACACUUCCCUGCAGCACACUUCCGUUAUACUCAUUUUUUUCACCUGUCUGUUCAGCAGUUCCUCAAUUUAUCAAAAGAGGAAAAUGCCAUGUUUAAAAAAAUCAUACAGAAUGUUCUAAUCUAUUGUGAUGUAUUAUUUUGUGUUUUUGCUAAGUGCAAUACUGUGUAUGCUGGUGUUACAGAACUGUAUGAGAUUAUACUGUAUGCACUUUAAUCAGUCAGACACUUCCUCUGCCUUCCUGUUCGAUCUCUGAUUUUCUGUAAAUAUCGAAUUUUGAUUAUUAUUUCUACUCUGUGCCUUUUUUCAUCUGCACUGUUUGUUGAUUUGUCAGAUUAAAUAAUAAAGUUUAUUGUACCACU